AUGAGGCAACAAGUUCUAACAAACAAUUUCAUGAACAAAGACCGUCCUCCGCUACUAACUUCUAGUUUUGAUCAUGAGACGGCACAGAAAGAACUUGCAAGUGCCAUAAUCAUGCAUGAGUAUCCUCUUUCAAUUGUGGACCAUGUUGGAUUUAGGAGGUAUUCAAAUGCUCUUCAACCUUUAUUUAAGGUGCCGUGUAGAAACACAAUGAAAGUUGAAAUAUUUAAGAUUUAUGAGUACCAAAGGGGGAAGACAAUGAGUUUGGUGGUGAGUAAUGCAAGUACAUUGGCUAUCACAACGGACAUGUGGACUUCGAGUAAUCAAAAGAAAGGCUUCAUGGCUAUCACAGCGCACUUUAUUGAUGAUUCUUGGACUUUGCAAAGUCGCAUUUUGAGGUUCAUAUAUGUGCCAUGUCCACAUACAAAAGAAGUUCUAUGUAACCAAUUGUUGAAUUGUUUGAUAGAUUGGAACAUUGAUAGAAAGAUUUCAAGUAUAACGGUUGAUAAUUGCUCUACCAAUGAUGCCAUGAUUGAUCUUUUGUGGGACAAACUUGAUAGUACAUCGCUUAUGUUGGGUGAGGAUUUGUUUCAUAUGCGUUGUUGUGCGCACAUUCUUAAUCUUAUUGUUAAAGAUGGGUUGGAUGUUAUCAAGGUAGGUAUUGAGAAACUUCGGGAUAAUGUAGCUUAUUGGACAGCAUCACAAAAAAGAGCGAAUUUUUUUGAAGAAACAGUCCACCAAUUGAAUGUGACUAGUACUAAGAAAUUAGGCCUUGAUUGUGCGACUAGGUGGAAUUCAACACUCUUGAUGCUUCAAACAGCCCUACUUUAUGAGGAUGUGUUCAAUCACUUAAGCAAACGGGACGCUCAAUAUAAUUCCUUAUCGAGUGAACGUGAGUGGGGGUAUAAGAUCAACGUGUUGGAAUUCUACUUUAAAUUAUUGUUUCCAACAACUUAUAAGGAAGAAGUUGAGAAAGUUCGUGCACUUUAUUAUAAAUUGCUUAAGGAGUAUCAAAUUCCUAGUUCAAUGAUGGAGGAUAUUGGUGACUCUUCUUCCCAAUCAAGUUCCAUUGAUGAAGAGUCACUAUCAAAGUAUGAUGUCUACAUGCUUAGGAAGUCGAAGAGAAGUAGGACAAUCGAUACUGCAAAAUUGGAGUUGGACCAUUAUUUGUCGAAAGCUGUCUUGCCAAAUCCACGGGAUUUGAUGUCUUAA